CUGAACCCGCAACCUCAUGGUUCCUAGUCGGAUUCGUUAACCCCUGCGCCACGACGGGAACUCCAGCAGUCUGCAUUUUUAAUUACCAUUUUUAUGUAUGUGUGUCUCCAUAUAUUUAGCAGAAUUAAGUUUAAUUGGAGUGGGGAUUUUUGUAUUUUGGUUUUUUUUUUCCCAGUCUUUUUUGGUGAAAAAAUUCAUCAAUAAUCAAUGUAAGAAAGAAAUGGAAAAUUUUAUUUGAGCCAACCAGAAGAGUAUAACCCAUGAGACAGUCUUUCAGAAAACUCUGAGGACUGUUCCAAGGAGGUAAUGGCUGUCACUAAAAACUAAUGUGCUGGGACAAGCCCGCCCUGCACAGAGAUGACCUGGGAGAAGUAGAGGAUGCACACCCACCAGAGUCCUAGUCCUGCCACUUCAGUAGUAGAUUGAAGCAUUUGGCCUCAACAAAUCUAGGUACCAGAAUUUUUUCAGUUUGUUUUUGGGGGGCUAGCCAAUAGUGGUUGCUUGCUCUAAAUCAAUUUUAUGUCCUAUGCCUCUGUUUUUAAAGCUGAAUUUUAUCAAACUGAAUAUUAUAUAUGUUGGUAAAAAGCAAAAAGUAAAAUCUGUAAUGUUACAACAUGCAAGUGAGAACAUUGAAUUAUUUUGAAAUGUGUGUCUCUUCAAGGUGUAGUAGACAAUUACAUCCAUAGGAAAGGGAUUUAAUAGGUAUUUCCUUGAAAACUCUAGAUAGGGGCAACUAUUGAAAUUUUCCUGACACGUGUUUGAUUUUCACUUCCCUUAGAGUGUGUUAUUUUGCUGAUACCAGAUUCAAAGCGUAGGUCGAUUGAUCCCCUGCGGGAUACACUUGAAGGUUAAGUAACUACAGAUCUCAGCUAAUCCGUGUAAUCUGCUGUUACUAAAUGGCCGUUUGUAUUCCUAGCACACCAGUUUCUGAAUGCUUAGGGUUUGGUUUUUACCUUUUGUCCAAAUAACUUCUAAAAGGAGCCAUGCAUCUUUUUGCAAGUCUGUGCAUUGCACUUAGCUUUUUGGAAGGAGUGGGCUGUUCGUGUCCUUCACAGUGCACCUGUGAUUAUCACGGCAGAAAUGACGGCAUGGGAUCAAGGUAGGCUUCUCUCCUUGCUACUGAAUGUUCUAAUGAUUCCAAGGAAAAGGGCUCAAACCAGAUGGCCUUGUUUUGAAAGCAAAUUGUUAAUCAGAAAUCAGAGGAGAGAAGGUUUACUUUAGAUAAGCUUUAAUUUAACUGUGUUAAUCCUGGUUGCCUGCUCCUUCAUUGUUUCAUUUCUAGCAGUUUAGCUCCUUCAAAGCUCCAAAUUAAUUUGACUCUCAAACGCAUUCUGUAUUAGAAAAAUAUUCCUUGUACUUGUAUUCACAAAAUGAACCUUGCAGGAGGUCAAACCACUGAAAUGCGUGUGGUCAGCUCAGCCUGAUUAUAGAAAGUACAGGAGGGCAGGGCCGAUCAGAAGGUGCGUGACAUGCCCAGAUCCUUUGCUUCCGGGGCUUUCCGUUUCAUUUUGAGGAUUAUUAAUGCCAACUGGAUAGGAAGUAGGAAGGGAAAUCAUGAGUGAAAUUAGCUUCAUCCUCAGAAUUUCUCAUUUUAAGAUAUUGGAGUUUACAAGAAAAGAAAUCUGAAAGAAAUGAGUCAACUCUUUGUGUUGUGGAUGCUGUGGAUCCUUACAGAAGUUGCUUCAUCUCUGUGUUGCUUUAAUAUCUACUUGUGAAGUGAGAAUAUGUAUUUACUUAUAAUAAGCAUGAGUCCUUUUAGAUAGAAAUUAAAAGCAAAUCGGAACUCUCAUUGGCCAAACAUAGUAGAACUUGAUUUUUUUUUUUUUUUUUUGGAGAGGAUAUUUAAUAACAAAAUCAGAUUUUUUGGUGACUUGGUAGAAGUGAACAUGAGCCUCUUAAAGUAAUUCGUUAAAAGAAUCACUCAGGGAGUUCCCGUUGUGGCUCAGUGGUAGCAAACCCAACCAGGAUCCAUGAGGACUUAGGUUUGAUUCCUGGCCUUGCUCAGUGGAUUAAGGAUCCGGUGUUGCUGUGAGCUGUAGUGUGGUUUGCAGACGAGGCUUGGAUCUUGUGUUGCUGUGGCUGUGGUGCAGGCUGGCAAUUUGAACCUUAGCCUGGGAACUUUUGUAUGCUGUGGAUUUAGCCCUUAAAAAAGCCGCUCCCCCCCAAAAAAACCACUCAAUUUAUAUCUUACAACGUUAUACAAAUACCUAAUAAUAAUAAAUACAUGUUUUUGAGUCAUUUGUCUUGUGAUAGUAUAAAAUUUUCUUUACCAACUCUUGGUAUUUCUUUGAGCUAUUCACUAGGUGGUUAAAGAUAGGGAGAAGAAUGUAACAAUUUAAAGACCUACUUGGCAUGCAGUGACUGACUCAGAUUAGGCUACUUUUGAGAAAAUGGUCACAGCAAUGUUUCCUUCAUUGGUGGCCCCAUUCUUGAUGGAUUUUAUAAAAAUCAUAGCAUUUUAUGCUUAGCAAGGACUCCAGAAAUAAUCUAGUUCAAUCUUUGUCAUUUUGUAAGUGAAUAAACUAAAUCAUAUAGAGACUAAAUGGCUUGUCCAAUGUCCCAGCGUUGAGUUUUUGCAGUGAUUGGCAGAUAGAGACACUGUCUUUCAGCUUCCAAUCCAAGCUUUCUUCAUUAUAGGGCACUGGACCACUGACUUAAUAAGGAGAACCUGAAUCAUUCUGGCAUAAAGUAGCACUGAAGUUUGUGAUCUGGCAUAGAAUGAAGAGUUAGAGGUGUACCUAGAUUCCACGAUGCAAUAGGCUCUUCUCCUAAAAUUAAGAGAGGAGAUGGCGUGACCAGUACAUCAUGGCUGGUGCUGCUUCCUUCUCUUCACAUUAUAGGCUAGCUUUGAAAAUUCCUUGAUUUAGCAUGAUUCGUUUUACUGAGUGGCUGUUUUGUUGUUAUUUAUUAUCCACUGUAUGUGUAAUGUCUUAAAAUUUAGAUGAUGCUUUGCAUAACAUUUUAUCAUUCAUUUUUAGCAAUCCAGAAGGAAUGAGUAUAUAAUGGGAGAUAAAUAGGUCUUUUUUUUUUUUAAGGUUAAGCUGAAUAUAAAUUCUCUGAUUCUUCAUCCUCUAUACCUACACAUGGGACAGGCUUGUCUUUCCAUACCUGUUUUACAUGUACCACUAAACAAGAUCACAAUGUGACUUGUUCAAGGUUACUUAAGCUAGUAAGUGUAAAAAAAUAAAUAAAUAAACAAACUUACAGUUUCUGGUUUAUUCAUUAGACUGAAAGCAGUGCACAGGUCACAGCUUAAUUUUAAACACCUAGUAGAACAUUUGUUCCUUCCUUCCUUCCCUCCCUCCUUCCUUCCUAUCCCCCCCCUUCCUUCCUUCCUAUCCUCCCCUCUUCCUUCCUUCCUUUCUUUCUUUUUUUUCCUUCCUUUCUUUCUUUUGUGCUCCUUUUGAAAAGGAUCAGCUGAUAACUUCAGUAAGGGAUUCUUUCACAAUGGGCCAUUUCCUAAACAGGUUAAGAAUGUGCCCUUUGGAGCUGGACAGAUACGGGUUUGAAAGGUGGUUGUGUAACCACUAGCUCUUGGAAAAUUACCUAAUGGUGGUGGUAAAAAUGAGAUUGGUGAUCAUAAUAGCAAACACUUAUGCUUAUUAUGUGCCAGGAAAGUGUAAAAUUUUCCAUCCAUUUCAGUUAAUGAUCAUAGCAAAUCAUGGGACCAUAUGGGAAAAUGAGUUGAGAGAUAGGUGAAGUGGCCUUCCAUGGCCACAGAGGAGGUGGUAGAGCUUAGAUUUGAAUCAAGAUCAACCUGACUCUAGCCUAUUACCCUGAACAAUAUCUGGCUCACUGGACUGUUGUGGUGAUUAAAUACGGGAAUGAAUGUGAUGUGUUAUGCAGGCCUGACACAUAAAGAGCUCCAUCAGUCUCAGGUUGAACUCCAUCAAAUUGCUGAUAUUUGAUCAUUUUUAACUUAUAAAAGGAACAUUUCAUAUGGUUCGACCUAGAAGGUGAUGGUAAUGACAAAUUAUUAAUGAACAGCUUAGCCAGGCUGAACAGAUAUUUUGCACAAACCAGUAGGGAAUGAAAAAUUCAAUGCAGGUUUCAAAUAUGUAUUAUUUUUUUCAAAUGAGUUUCAGAAAGCAGGUUUCCUCCCAUUGCUCUGUGACACUAGGUCGGUGCUAUGUAAUGACCAGGAUAUGAAUGAGAUACCUACGAACAUCCCUGUGGACACUGUGAAGCUUCGCGUAGAGAAGACUGUUGUCCGUGGGGUCCCCGCCGAGGCCUUCUACUACCUGGUGGAGCUCCAGUACCUGUGGUUGACUUACAACUCUGUGGCCAGCCUCGACACCAGCAGCUUUUACAACCUAAAGCAGCUGCAUGAGUUGCGCUUGGAUGGAAAUUCUCUGACCGCUUUCCCUUGGACAUCUCUCAGAGACAUGCCGCGUCUGAGGACCCUGGAUUUGCACAAUAACAGAAUAACCAGUGUGCCAAACGAGGCGAUCAGGUACCUGAAGAACCUCACCUACUUGGAUUUAUCAAGCAACAGAUUAACCACACUGCCGCCAGAUUUCCUGGAGAGCUGGUCCCACUUAUUUACAUCCAGAAGCCUGGACCUUUCACCAAGAAGAAUCAUUCUCGGUCUGCAGGACAACCCAUGGUUCUGUGACUGUCACAUUUCCAAAAUAAUGGCAUUGUCAAAAGUCGCUGACCCCAAGGUAGUACUUCUUGAUCCACUGAUGAUUUGCAGUGAACCAGAACGCCUCACAGGCAUUUCGUUUCAGCGGGCUGAGUUGGAGCAGUGUGUGAAGCCAUCAGUGAUGACCUCGGCCACACAGAUCACGUCUGCUCCGGGCAGCAAUGUUCUGCUGCGGUGUGAUGCCACUGGCUACCCCACCCCACAGCUCACGUGGACCAGACCAGAUAGCUCGCCAGUUAAUUAUACAGUAAUUCAAGAAUCUCCAGGGGAGGGAGUCAGAUGGUCCAUAAUAAGCCUGACAGGCAUUUCUCACAUGGAUGCUGGGGAUUACAAAUGCAAGGCCAAAAAUUUGGCUGGGAUGUCAGAAGCUGUGGUUACUGUGACAGUGGUUGGUGUUGUCCCAACCACCAUAUCAUCAGACACUUCUGAAAGAAGAAGUGGGGAUCGCCCUGAGCAAGAGGUCCAGCUGGGAUCUAGAAGAUCUGCAUUGCUACCUGGUUCAUCGCCGUCUCCCUGGCUUUAUUCCUCCUCUUCUUCCUCCUCCGCUUCUUCCACUUUUCUUCCUACCUCUGCUUUGCCUCCUCCCUCUUCCGCCUCCUUCUCCUUAUCUCCUUUCUUCUCCACUGUUUCUUCAGCCACAGCUCCAAGCACUAGAAUUUCCACAAGCACCACCACGGCCGGCCGGCUCUCACCGCGUCCCGAUGGGAAAAGAAAUGUCAAGAUGCAGACGGGUGGCGGUAAGCUGUCCCCAGCUAGUGCAAGUCAAAGGGAAGAGCUGGCAUUGUCAGAUCAAGGCCUGCUGAUGGGAACAAAUGCCACAAUAGAAAAUCUGCAGGUAGUCAGUGAGACCGAAGAGAGUGUGAUUUUGACCUGGAACACCAUUAACACCACGCAGAACUUGGAAGUGACUGUGCUGUAUUCCAGGUAUGGGGAGAAGGACCUGCUGCUGCUUAAUGCAGACCCCAGCAAGAACCAAGUCACCAUAAAUGGCUUGUUGCCUGGUCGGCAAUAUAUAGCCUGUGUCUGUCCAAAAGGGACGCCGCCCCAGAAAGACCAAUGUAUCACCUUUUCUACUGACAGGGUUGAAGAAGGUGAUUCUCAAGUGUCUCUCCUUAUGGUGGUGAGUGGUGCUGCCUGUGUUUUUGUCCUGCCAUUGAUUUUUUUCCUGUUGUACAAGGUUUGCAAACUGCAGUGUAAGUCAGAAUCCUUCUGGGAAGAUGAUUUGGCUAAAGAGACGUAUAUCCCAUUUGAGACGCUGUCCCCCAGGUCUCAAAGUGUAGGGGAACUUUGGACUCGAAGUCACAGAAAUGAUUCAGAAAAAUUACUGCUUUGCUCUAGGUCAAGUGUGGAAUCGCAAGACUUUUAAAAGUGAGGGACCAGAGUGUUAUUGCUAAGGUUUUACAGCUCAGGCACAUGAGAGCGCCACAGAAUUUCUUUCAUUUUAAGAAAGGAUCUGAGGGUAUAGUUGACCCUCUGUUUGGAUGACUUUUGGACACUUUCACAUCCUUCAUGAAAAUCACAAAUGGAGUGCUUUUAAGUGUGUCUUUAAAAAUGGUGAGACUUCAAAACUGAAAAGACAAAUAAUUUUGAUUUUUGUUGUAUAGAAAAAUGUCCAUAGAAAUAAUUUUUAGAGUAGUGCUAAGUAAGUUGAUAAGCUGAUAAUAUAUUUCAGGAUAAUGUUUUAAUUCUUAAAAAUAAUUCAUGUGACAAUAGUCAUGAAAAGUGAACUCUCAUUUGGAAAAACAGUUUUUUGGGCAGUGAAGAAAGGUUAGUAAAACCGGCUAAGCCUUGAUGUUCAUUCUUGUUCAAAGUGCUUUAUGGCAUUUGCUGUGCACAUUUGCUGCCAUUGCCUAGUAGGUGAGAGUGGAAUUGUACAGAAUUUUGUGUUCACUAAGGUUAAAAGCAACCCAGUGGACAGGGAGGAUUAUAGCUCUUGGUACCACUAUGCACUAUAAUAUUGUAUAGCAGUAUUUGUAUUGCAAGUAAGAAAAAGUUUCACUUGUCUUUAGAAAUAUAGGUAUUAGCAAAAAUAAGUUAUAAAAGAUCAUGAUAAAUAGUAAGGUCGUUUUGAAAAACCAGCAACUGUCACAUUGUAUUAACAUCUGUUAUAGACUAUAUGGGUCUUUUUUUAAAAAUAUGCUUAUUUAAAAACAAUCUCAAAGUUCCCUUCGUGGCUCAGCGGUUAAUGACCCUGACUAGCAUCCAUGAGGAUGUAGGUUCAAUCCCUGGCCUUGCUCAGUGGCUCAAGGAUCUGGCAUUGCGUGAGCUGUGGUGUAGGCUGCAGACGCAGCUUGGAGGCUCGGAUCCUGUGUUGCUAUGGCUGUGGUGUAGGCUGGCGGCUACAGCUCCCAUUGGACCCCUGACCUGUGAACCUCCAUAUGCCGCGGGUGUGGCCCAAAAUACGAAACAAACAAACAAACAAAACAAACAAACAAAAAACUCUUUAAUAUCGAUAUUGACUCUACUUUGCCCCUUUCCUCUUUUCUUUCUCCCUCCCGCCUUACUUCCUUUUACUUCUUUUUUUUCCCUUCCGCUUUGUGAGAAGGUAUGCAGGUAGCCAGAAGACCACAGCUAACGUGUUUGUCUUUUGCCAUGUUAUACUUUGAUUAACUGGAUAAAGGGAAGAACUUCGAAAGUCUCUUUUAGAUCCACAAAGGAUGUUUUGAGAUUUUGAAAGAGCGAAUUCAGUGGAUUUAUUUAGUCAAACUCUAUGUUAAAAACAUCAGGGAAAUUGGAGUGAGUCACAUGAUUAGAUAGUAGAGGGGCUUCAUAAAAAAAUUUAGUUUUUCCUAAAGAAGUUUUUUCACUGUAUUUACUAAAUAUUGUGUUCUUUUUACAUUGAAGAUUUUGGAGUAUAGAACAGAUUUUUAAAGAUGUGUCAGGAGUCCUGAAAUAGGCUGAGAAGCAAGUUCUAAGAAAAUACUAUAUUUUAUGUUAGAAACAAAUUGACUUUAAUGUAACCCAUUGUGGAAAUUACAAUACAAGCAACUGGAAAAUGAAAAACUGUUCAUUCCAAAUGGCUUUUAGUUAAAAAGAAAAAGAGAAUUCUAGUUUAGCCAUAAUCUACAUAUUAAAAGAAGACCAGCAUGGAGGGGUGGCCUGCUCAGAACUCCCAAACUUGCCCUUCUUGUCUUCGUUCCUUUCUUUCCUUUCCAGCCUCUUUGUCCUGGUGCAUUCUUCACCAUGUGCAUUGUCUAAUGAUCUAACAGUUUCUGAUUCAAAAUUCAUUAGGAUUUUUCAGAAAAACACCUUUUGCAGACGGUUUUUUGUGUAGCUUCAACUUACAUCAGAUAAUUUUAGUGACUGAAAAAAAUGUGCAUUUCUUUACUCUAAAGACCUCAUGGAAUUUCACUGCCAUAUUUAAAAGGCUCGAAUAAACAGAUUUCCAAAACACUACCACAUUAGAUAUAAUAUAACUGUGGGAGAAGGUUACAGGCUACCGAGCCAAAAGACAGCCACACUGUCCAAAGGCAGGUUGUUUGUCAAGAAAGGAGACUCAGACCAUCCUGAUGAGAUAAAUUACGGGCUGCUCUCAUAAUCAAAAUCAAAUGAAGCCUGGACUUAAUUUUGCCCUGUAAGGAAAAGCUAAUUGGUGGUGUGAAGGGGAUACAGACAGCGGGAGAAAGCACCUUUGUCAUCCUCAACUUGGACUUGGCACAUGAGAAAUAAGUAAAUGAGUGAAUGGACUGAUAUUCUUGGAAUCCAGGAUUUUUGCUGUGAAUCCAGAUAUGGAAUAGGCAAG